GGCACUCCCUCGCCCGCGACUCCCCUGACUGCAAACGGCUCUUCCUCAAGGAGGCCGCCGCGCAAGAGCACCCUCACCCAACAACAAAAGAACCAGAAGAGACAACGCGCUACCCAGGAUCAGCUCAUCACUCUGGAAAUAGAGUUCAACAAGAACCCCACCCCUACUGCCGCUGUCCGUGAAAGGAUUGCAGACGAGAUCAACAUGACCGAGAGAUCAGUCCAGAUCUGGUUCCAGAACAGACGCGCUAAGAUCAAGAACAUCGCGAGAAAGAGCAUCGAAAACGGCGAAGACUGCGAGAGCAUCCCCGAAUCAAUGCGCCGCCAUCUUGCCAUGCAAGCACUCGAGUCUGGCAAAGGAUUCUUCCCCAAUCUGAUGGGUCCUGGUGGCAACGGAUACGCAUACACUCCUGGCACCAUGAGCCUCAACGCCGAAGCAGGUUCCGGAAAAGUUGUUAUCCAACACUUUGCAUGCCGCUCGCUCUCGAUCGGAUCCUGGCGCAGAGUCGGCCAGAGUCAAAUGGACCUGAUCAUCUUCUACUCGCCUGAAAAAGCUUGUGUCACAUACUACAUCAACAACGAUUCAGCUGGCUACAAGAUCGAAUACCCAUUCGCUUGGAUCAAGAACAUCAACCUUGUUCAAGGCGAGGUCACAACUGCCGCAGAGGGCGCUUCGCAAAGGCUAGGCGCACUGGUGGUCGAGUUGGUUCGUCCUCCUAAGUUCUACAUGGACAGCUCGGGUAGCGGUGGCUUCUACGAAUGUGGUGAUUUCACCGAGGACCAGCAAGCUAGCAAAGUCAUGGUUCACCAGCUUGGUGGCCCCUCCAAGGCUCUCAGCGGUCAAUUGGCCAAGCUCGUGUCUCUGGACUCUUUCCAGAACCGUCACACUAUGCUCGACCCCACACACUUUGCCAUGGCUGCUGCUUCGGCUCCCGUCUCACCUGUCAACUUCAGACCUGCUAGUCAGCCCAACCACUUGGUACACCCUCAUUCGGGCGUCUUCCAGGAUUCUGCCAUGGGUCUCAUGGGUCCUCCUGCCCCUCGUGGUCACAAGAGACAACGCAGUCGUUCCGUACCUGCUGCUAUUGAUCUCUCCCUGCUCAGAAAUAACCCUAUGCCUUCAUUCCUCAUCCAGCACGAGUCUAACGCUCCUGCUCAGCCUCUGCAGGACAAUGCCAUCUUCGCUCCCCAGCCUCAACAUCACCACGGAUUCUCCACAGGCAUGGGCCCUAACAGCCUCAGCAUUGAUACUUCUGCUGGUUAUGGCAUGGACUUCAGACAGUUUGCCGGUCCUAUGUCUGCUACUACCCUUAAUUCUCCUAGCGACUUCGGCACUCCUGGAUUCUUCAAUCCCGGUCCUACCAGUGACAUGAUGGCUCACUCCAACCUCAACACCCCUUACUCCGGCUCAUUCCUCUCUGUUGACCCAUCUGCUAUGAUUGGCACAAGCAACACACCAGUUUCUUGCCUUAGUGGAGGCGAUCCUGUUAUUGCAGAUCAAUCGCCGCCACUCAACGGUCUUGGCCGCAGUCAGUCAGACGACAUCUUCAGCACACCCGGAGGUGACAACGGCUUGAACGACGAUGCCCUUUGCCUCUCAUCCGAUGUGUAUAACAAGUCCAUUGGUAUGAGCUUCCACAGCCCUCUGCCUGACGAGCACAUGGGUUUCGACUCGUCACUCUCAGACGCUCACUACGACUACAACUCGCCAAUUCCUGCAAACAAGAUGAACCUGCCUUUCCGCAUGCCCAACGAGACACCUAUGCACCAACAGUCGCCUAAUCUAGCGCAGAUGGCCAUGCAUCAAGACUCUGCCAUUGCCUUCCAGUCGCCUACUCACAUGGGUCAUGGUGACCACGGUCACAACCUUUACCAGACCCCUAAGGUCAACGGUACUGGCAUGUUCCAGGACAACAAGAUGUACCAAUCGCCCGCUCAGAUG